CUUGAAACCUGAGUAUAACAAGUUAACAACUGAACGAAUCCUCUUUUCCCAUCUCCAAUUUGUCUCGAUUGUUUGAUUAAACCCAGAAGCCAGCUUCACAGAAAAUUGGUAGUUGGCCUCCUUAGUGAGCGUAGAGGAAUUAGUAAGGAGAUGAGUGUCUCAGAUCUGCCAAAGAAGGAGGAAAAUGUACUUAAAGGGCAUGAAGGAGCAGUAUUAGCAGCGCGGUUCAAUAAAGACGGAAAUUACUGCCUCAGCUGCGGGAAAGACCGAACCAUCCGACUUUGGAACCCUCACCGUGGCAUCCACAUUAAGACCUACAAGUCCCAUGGCCGUGAAGUUCGUGAUGUACACGUCACCUCGGACAAUUCCAAAUUAUGUUCAGGUGGUGGUGACAGACAAAUCUUCUAUUGGGAUGUGGCAUCCGGUCGAGUUAUUCGAAAAUUUCGGGGCCAUGAUGGAGGGGUGAAUGCUGUGAAGUUCAAUGAGUACGCAUCUGUUGUAGUCUCAGCAGGAUAUGAUCAGUCAUUGCGUGCUUGGGACUGCAGGUCUCACAGUACUGAGCCUAUUCAGACAAUCGACUCGUUUACAGAUAGUGUAAUGUCUGUUUGUUUAACAAAGACUGAGAUUAUUGGUGGAAGUGUUGAUGGAACUGUUCGAACAUUUGACAUUCGUAUGGGAAGAGAACUGUCCGAUGACUUGGGACAACCUGUGAACUGUAUCUCAAUGUCAAAUGAUGGUAACUGCAUAUUAGCGAACUGCUUAGAUUCGACUAUACGUCUCCUUGACAGAUCAUCUGCUGAAUUACUUCAAGAAUACAAAGGCCAUACUUGUAAGUCUUACAAAUUGGAUUGCUGCCUUACCAACACUGAUGCCCAUGUAAUUGGUGGAUCAGAGGAUGGUUCAAUUUUCUUCUGGGAUCUAGUAGAUGCAACUGUGGUGUCUAAAAUCCGAGCACAUUCAUCUGUUGUAACAAGCGUCAGUUAUCACCCAAAGGACAACUGCAUGGUCAGUUCUUCUGUAGAUGGCACCAUUAAGGUGUGGAAGACUUGAGAAAGCAACUACCGGUCUAACUUGUGCUGCGUUGCGGAUUACCCAUACCCGCCUCAUUCGUGUAAGAUCUAAAGUAGAAUCGCACAAUCCCAGCACCUCGU